AUGGCACCCAAACAAAAGACCAUAUACCCAUGGUCUCGUCGAAAAAAUAUAUUUGAUCCGCCAACUCCUCUUGAUUCUCUCCUUGAAUCUCCUCUCCGCACAUUGAUCUUCUAUCUCCAUACCAUUCUCCUCUAUUUUCGUGGCACAUCUUUCAAACCUCCCCGAAACAAACCUUCGGUUCGAGUUGUUUGUAUCUCAGACACACAUUGCAAUACAAUACCAAUUCCACCGGGUGAUCUUUUAAUACAUGCAGGAGAUUUGACGAAUGCGGGCACGGUGGAAGAGAUACAAGCCCAGAUAGAUUGGUUGGACCAACAGCCACAUAGAGAGAAAGUGUUUAUUUGCGGAAACCAUGAUAGUUAUUUUGAUCCCAGAUCGAGGAAAGAAGAAGAUAAGAAGAGGAAAUUGAAUUUUAAAAGUUUACAUUAUUUGGAGAACAAAGCUAUCACAUUGAAAUUCAAGGGCGGGAGAAAGUUAAAGCUUUAUGGAUCGCCAGAUAUCCCUCAAUGUGGCGGUUCUGAUUUUGCUUUUCAAUAUCAAAGACAUCUUGCGCCGUGGGAGAAUCGUAUACCGAAAGAUACAGAUAUUCUCAUUACACACUGUCCGCCUCGCCAUCACCUCGAUAUCAACCUAGGUUGCAAAUCAUUACUGGAAGAAAUAUGGAAGGUCAAACCUAGACUUCAUGUGUUUGGGCAUAUACAUUCCGGACAUGGUCGCGAAGCUGUGUUUUGGGACAAGGGACAAGAAGCUUACGAGAGACUCAUGGAAAGGAAGAGAGGAGGCAUAAUCAUGGACUUGAUACCAAAUUUGGCAUGGAUAGAUGCUAUGAAAGUGAUUUGGUAUGGAGUAAAGGGUAUUUUAUGGCAAAGAUUAAUGGUUGGUCCUGCUGGUGGAAAUGGUGGUUUGAUGAUCAAUGCUGCGGUUGUUUAUCAAUCAUCAACUGAUGUAGGAAAUCCAGUUGAAGUUGUAGAGUUAUGA